AUGGCUUCUCUUUCUUUAACAUGGUAUUCAGAGCCUAGUCCUAGGCCUCGUACGCACUUGUGGCAGGCCCUUCCCACCAAUCCGCCCCUUCACCAUCCUCCUCUCCUCUCUCCCUCUCGAUCCCCUCCCACUCUUUCACCCCCCUUUUCCUCCACCUCUUUUCUCUCCUCAUCUGCUGCAGCUGGUGCUGAUUGCGUUUUUGAAGUUGUUACUCCUCCCCAUCUUUCCUCCUCCUCACUACCCUCCCCUCAACUGCUCAACUGCGAACUCCCUCACAACUCUCCCUCCUCCUCUUGUUUCUCCCUUCACCGGCCCAGCAGCAGACUACCUCGUCGCUAUCCCUCCUCCUCUAGUUUCUCCCCUCAGCGGCGCAGCAGCAGACUAAUCCGCCACUAUCCCUCCUCCUCUAGUUUCUCCCCUCAGCGGCGCAGCAGCAAACUACUCCCCCACUAUUCCUCCUCCUCUUGUUUCUCCCCUCAGCGGCUCAGCAGCAGACUACUCCGUCCAUAUCCCUCCUCCCCUUGUUUUCUCCCCUCAGCGGCUCAGCAGCAGACUGCUUCGCCCUUAUUCCUCCGCCUCUUAUACCUCUCCCCUCAUCUGCUCUGCAGCUGUCUCCUCCUCCUUAUGGCGACUUCUCUCGCCCUCCCCUCCCUCCCUCUGCUGGUCCUUCAGCUCGCGCCUGAUGGCAGCGGAGUCAACUUCCCCAGUUGGCUGAACUGUCUUGAGCGCAUGCUGUCUGGCACCCUCGUGAGUGGCUUUAACCUCUGGUUUGUCACUCAGCAGAGUGGUUCUGGCGCCAUUCCUAAACCUGCCUCUACACCUACCUCUACCUCCUCUGAUCCCUAUGCUGAUGGCCUUCGUGCUGCUAUCGCUGAAACUGAGCGGAUUGCGGCCACAGCCCAAACCACUGCCGCGGCUGCUCCUGACAAUGCUGCUGCCCGUGACCUCGCUUGUGUUCUUUCUAAAUCCCUCGAGAGCACCCGCAAGCGCCUCACUGAGCACCUCGCUACCCCUUCUCCUCGCUCUGCCCCUAUGCCUUCUGAUUUUGCUCCAUCUCACUCUGACCUUCUCGCUGAUUGGCAUAUUGCCAACGCACGUGCUAGCCAGGUCAUCCUUGCCUGCCUACCUCCAACCCUUCUCCCUCAGUGCUCGCACAUCCGCUAUGCCAAGGACCUUCUCUGCUAUCUCACCGAGCGCUUCCAGUCGCAGAAUCCCAUCAAUGUCAUUGCCCUCUUGGCUAGCAACACUGGUCGCCAUCCCAACUGGCUUCAACUCUCUCGUCAGCGUCGCCACUCUUCUGCCCAGGCGGUACUUGUGGCCGCCGAUUCUGGUGCAAGUGCUCAAAUGUGA